AUGGAUGCAGAUAAUCUGCGCACUGCGUCCCUAUACAUAAACAACCAGCUACUUUCUCGCGGGCUUCUACGAAAUGGACAAACAAUUGACUUUGCGCGCCCGCAUAAAUCAGAAGAGGGACUAGAUGUUACCAUGGGGAAGAUAAUGAGUGUGGUGAAUGAUCUGAUUUUGAGGAGAGAUCGCGAUUCUCAACAACGAGAAAACCUCUCACAAACAAUUCGAGCUUUGCGCGCUGAUGCUUUACGGUCAACAACUGAUAUGGAGAGACUCGCGACAAAAAACACAGAAUUGCAACGGAAAGUUGGGAUAGCGGAUGCGGCAGAACGAGCUUUGAAAACACAAUUGAGAAGUGCGGAGCAGGCAGUUAAGGGGCUGAAGGAGGAUAUGGCGAGGAUGAAGGUCUUGGUGGGGCAGACAAGGGCACAGUGUGCGAACGAGGUCAGAAAAAAGGAAAGAAUUAUUGAAGGAAUGAAAAGACAUGUCGGUGAAGGUGGCAGAGCAAGGGGCAGUGGGAAAGCUGUGGGUGUUGCAACUAUUAACGUAGUUGCUGGAGUUGGGGGUGAUAAUGGGAGUGGGGCAGGAAUGGGUACGGAGGAUGAGGGGUAUGAUCUAAGAAUGGAGACGAACGAGUUUUUGACAGAAUUGGCCAGGGGUCUGAGUGAUGAGAACGAAUCUUUAGGAGGGUUGGUGAGAAGGACUAUCGAGACAUUAAGGACGGUUUCCGGCUGUGAGAAAGAGGAGGAACAAGAAGGGGGAAUGGUUGUACAAAUGGAGGGUUCUUAUGAGCAUCUUGCUUCCGAAAUGGAAUUUGUAAUUGAACAUCUACGGACAAUCCUGACAAACCCAUCAUUCGUCUCACUAGAAGAAGUGGAGGUUAGAGAGGAAGAGAUCAUAAGGUUACGAGAAGGGUGGGAAAAGAUGGAGUCCAGAUGGAAGGAUGCUGUCCAUAUGAUGGAUGGAUGGCGUCAUCGAAUGGCUAGGAGUGGACAAACUGUCAAUAUUGAAGAACUGAAGAUGGGAUUAAGCUUGAGUCCUUUCAAACCCACAGCAGAUCCCAAUUACGAGGUCCUUCAAUUAUCGAUGGUGCAGGAAGAGGAUGAGGAUGAAUAUGAGGAUGAAGGCGAUACACAAGCAGAUAUUGAUGCCUUGGAUGAUUCGGGCAUUGAUGGUCAUGCGGAACCCGAAUUUGAUGAGGAAGAAUUGAGUGACGCUGAAUCUAGUGUUUUUGAGGAAGAACCCGAGGAAACAAGGGAAGAGGAAAUUGAAGCCGAGGGAGAAGAAGAAGUGGAAGAAGAAGAGGAAGAGGAAGAUUAUGAUGAGAUUACCGAAGACCAGCAACAACACCAACCAGCAGAAAUCACAUUCGAUACAGUAUCGUCCCUACCCGGGACGCCACCUCAGAUGUCUCCGCUGCGCGAAACUACUAAUGGUAACCGAGGUAGCCCGGAAAGACCAAGCCCCAAGGGAUUUACCACUAUUAUCGAAGAGAAUACUUGGGAUCUUUUACAACUCGAGCAGUCUUCAUCUCGUUCAAAAUCCAUGGCGACCCCAACACCUAAGCCUUUUUUCAGAAAAGAAAAGAAAGAAGAAGUUACAACAGCACAGCUCUCCGUUCCACGCACCGACGAGAAUCCCAUCCCCAAAACUCCAAUUCCAACGCUCUCCGCCCACUCCUCAACCAGAUCUUCCACUAGAUCCUCGGUUGUACGAGAGACUAGAGCCUCGGCUGCAAGAGCAGCUUCAGCUAAAAAGCCUGCUUAUUCAACGCCCAAACCAAAAGCUACUCCAAAAGUUCAACUCCAACCCAUUACAUCCGCAAGCCGCUUACCUCGGCCACCCCAUAUACCGCCUCAACAGAGCCCUCUUACUAUGGCUAGUAUAGCCGCCAAACUAGCCGCAUCUGAACGUGAAGCAGACGCCGCAAGAGUCAAAGCUAAGUUGAAGGCUGCAAAGUUGGCACGCAAUGCUGCUACUACUACUACUACUACUACUGGCGCAAUUGCCCCACGAUCUAGAAGUCCAACUAAGAAAAUAGAACCGGAAGUUUCAAGAAUUAUGCCUCCGCCAUCUUCGCCUAUUAAAGAGGAACCGAUCAAAAAUGGCGGCGGCGGUAAUACAGCUACGAAAAGCCCGGAAAAAGACUUGAGUGCUGUGUCUAGUAGGAAAAGAAAAGUGAGGGCAAGUAGAGAUAGAGAGCAUGGAAGAGCGGCGAGAAGAAGAAGCACUUUGAGCCCUUGGGAACUGGAGAGUCUAAUUUCAGGUGGAAUGGGAUCGCCGAGAAAGGAGGAAUGA